UGUUGCCUUCCUCCUCCCCCUCCUCCUCGGAAACGGGAUGUGAUGUAAAUACACAGCAACUCUUUUUUUUGUUCCAUUUUCUUUGGAGUGUGCAGCUCUUUUUUUUCUCCUUCCAACAAGAAAAACAAGAAGAAGAAGAGAUACAAGAGAGAGGGAAAAGUCGGACAGUGACCCGUCAGAGAGAUUCCGAGUCGCGGUUAGUUUCCUCCGCCAUGAUCCUGUGAGCUCCUCCGUGUGUCCGCGAUAACUGAAGCCACCGAGCCGCCGGACUGGACCCGAGAAAAACGGAUCAAACCGGAGAGCAGCUCGCUGCUGUUGUGGAUCCGGAGGGAAACCGCGGACAGUGACCCCUUGAAGAAUUAACUGCCUGCCUCAGCUUUAAUAACACCCCCGGAAAGUGUUGCCUUUGCUGACCUCCAGUGGUUUGACUCAUCACCUGCUGCUGCAGCGACGUGCAGGUGUACUGCAGGACACUGGGACAUCACUGUCUGUGUUCAGGUCACUCUCUCUCCCGUCCAGCUGUUUCCUCCAGCGAUUGAAAAACGUCCCAAAUAAGAGAAGAACAGGGACACUGCUAAUACUUUCAAAUAAGAAAGUGUAUUUGUCAAACCCUUUGACUGAAGAGAAGAGAAGAGGAGAUGUAGCGUGUGUGUUGGUGUGAUCGGCGGACCAUCAUGCACCUCUUCUUGCUGCUGAUCCUUCAAGCCACAGCAGCCUACGGACAGAUUGACCCCGCACACUGUCGCUAUGCCUUGGGCAUGGAGGAUGGACGGAUCAAAGAUGAUGACAUCACAGCAUCCAGCCAGUGGUACGAGACCACGGGACCUCAGUACGCCAGGUUGAAUCGCGAGGAGGGAGACGGCGCCUGGUGUCCUAAGGGACAGCCGGAGCCUUCAGACAGUCAGUACCUGCAGGUGGACCUGGGCAGGCUGUUUUUCCUGACGGUGGUCGGGACUCAGGGACGAUACGCCAGGUACUCAGUGAACGAGUUCGCCCGAGCUUACCGCCUCAACUACAGCCGGGACGGCCUGCUGUGGAAGUCCUGGAGGAACCGGCUGGGCAACACGUUGAUGGAGGGCAACAAAAACGCCUACACCUCUGUCAUCAACGACCUGCACCCUCCGAUCAUCACCCGCUACGUCCGGUUGAUCCCAGUCACCAAACUGUCCACCACCGUCUGCAUGAGAGUGGAGCUGUACGGCUGUCCGUGGGAGGACGGCCUAAUGUCCUACAGCGCUCCAGAGGGCCAGCUCAUGAUGCCCCCUGGUUAUCCCAUCGCCAGCCUCAACGACUCCACGUACGAUGGAGUACAUGAAAAGAGGAGGCUGUUUGGUGGGCUGGGCCAGCUGACGGACGGUGUGAUAGGCCUGGAUGACUUCCUCGUGACGCGUCAGAACCACGUGUGGCCGGGCUACAACUACCUGGGAUGGAGGAACGACUCGCUGGGAAGUCAGGGAUAUGUGGAGAUGGAGUUUGUCUUCGACAGGCAGAGGAACUUCACCUCCAUGAAGGUUCACAGUAAUAACAUGUUCCACCGCGGUGUGAAGAUCUUCUCCUCCGUUUCCUGUUGGUUCAAGCCCCGCCUCAUUGCCGGCUGGGAGGCGGAGCCUGUGGCGUUCAAGACGGUGCUGGACGACAGGAACCCGAGCGCCCGCUACGUCACCGUACCGCUGAACCGCCGCGCCGGCAAAUCCCUCCGCUGCCGUUUUGACUUUGCCGACGUCUGGAUGAUGUUCAGCGAGAUCUCCUUUCAGUCAGAGGAUACUGUACUCCCGACCACGAUGACCCCGGGGUCGACCUCCCCUCCAGUCAAGAAGGAGACUACCAUGCCAACCACACUUUUGACAUCAGCCAGUCCAUCAGCAAGUGACUCGCCAGAUGAUGGGAACACGCCCAUUCUGAUUGGCUGCCUGGUGACCAUCAUCCUGCUGUUGGUCAUCAUCAUCUUCCUCAUUCUUUGGUGCCAGUACGUCUGCAAGGUGCUGGAGAAGGCUCCUCGUCGGAUCCUUGACGAGGAGCUAACAGUUCGGCUGUCGUCCUGCAGUGACACCAUCAUCCUCCAGACCCCCCCUGUGCCCCCCCGCUCCGGCCACGCCCCUUCAGGCCCUGCUAACACUGACCCUCACUAUGAGAGAGUUUUUCUGUUGGACCCACAGUACCAGAACCCCGCGGUGCUGAGAAACAAACUGCCGGAGCUGUCCCAGAGUGCGGAGGCCUCAGCUCUCCUCCUCGGUAAUCCUCUCUAUGACCUCCUCCUGCUGACUUCCUGUCACUUGACAUCAGGCUGGCUGCGUGCGUGUGGCGGAGGCUACGCCGAGCCUGACGUCACCCAGUGCACGCCGCACCAGUGUUUCCAUAGCAGCGCGCCGCACUACGCCGAGACGGACAUCGUGCGGCUGCAGGGCGUCACCGGCAGCAACAUGUACGCCGUCCCCGCCCUCACCGUGGACUCGCUCACCAGGAAGGACAUCUCCGCCGCGGAGUUCCCACGGCAACAUCUGAUCUUCAGGGAGAAGCUGGGGGAGGGGCAGUUUGGAGAGGUCCACCUGUGUGAGGCAGAGGGACUCCCAGAAUUCCUUGGGGAGGGGUCUCCUCUCCCUGACCGAGAUGGCCGUUCAGUGCUGGUGGCUGUUAAACAGCUGAGAGCCGACGCCACCAGCCAAGCCAGAAAUGACUUCCUGAAGGAAAUAAAGAUCAUGUCUCGUCUGAACGACCCCAACAUCAUCCGGCUGCUGUGUGUGUGUGUGUCGUCCGACCCGCUGUGCAUGGUGACCGAGUACAUGGAGAACGGAGACCUCAACAUGUUCCUGUCACAGCGGGAGAUCGAGAGCACGCUGACACACGCCAACAACAUCCCUUCAGUCAGUCUGUCCGACCUUCUCCACAUGUCGGUGCAGAUCUCAUCGGGGAUGAGGUAUCUUGCGUCUCUGAACUUUGUGCACCGCGACCUGGCCACCAGGAACUGCCUACUGGAUCGCCGCCUCACCAUCAAGAUUGCCGACUUCGGUAUGAGCCGGAACCUGUACAGCAGCGACUACUACCGCAUCCAGGGCCGGGCGGUGCUGCCCAUUCGAUGGAUGGCCUGGGAGAGCAUCCUGCUGGGUAAGUUCACCACUGCCAGUGACGUGUGGGCGUUUGGCGUCACCCUUUGGGAGAUCUUCACUCUGUGUAAGGAGCAGCCGUACAGCCUGCUGUCUGACGAACAGGUCAUAGAGAACACUGGCGAGUUCUUCAGGAACCAGGGCAGACAGAUCUUCCUCUACGGCCCUCCGCUAUGUCCACCUUCGCUCUUCGAGCUGAUGAUGCGUUGUUGGAGUCGCGACAUACCUGACCGACCCACCUUCGAGGGACUUUACCAAGCCCUGAGGCCCCACGUCAACCAGUGAGCCAAGGCUGCUGCCACUCAGCGGGUUUGUUCAUCUCUGGACUCCUGUAAGAUGACAGAAUCACA